AUGAACCCCACGGACGCCGAGAUGAAGGUCUUCGUCAAGACGUUCGGCAUCCACCCGCUGACGGCCGAGGACAUCCUGAUGCAGGAGACGCGCGAGAAGGUCGAGCUCUUCCGCAGCUACUACCUCGUCUCGUACCGCACGUUCGAGCAGGACAGCAACAGCGAGGACUACCUCGAGCCCGUCAACCUGUAUUUCGUCGUCUUCCGCGAGGGCGUCAUCAGCUUCCACUUUUCGCUCACGCCGCACCCGGCAAACGUGCGCCGCCGCAUACGCCAGCUCAAGGACUACAUCACCGUCUCGGCGGACUGGAUCUCGUAUGCGCUGAUUGACGACAUUACGGAUGCGUUUGCGCCGCUGAUCCAGAACCUCGAGGAGGAGGUGGACGAUAUUGAUGAUGCCAUCUUGCUGAUGCAUUUGGCGGAGGAUGAGACGGAGCAGAAGAGUGAUGGGGAUAUGCUCAAGAGGGUGGGCGAUAGUAGGAAGAAGGUGAUGGGCUUGUAUAGGCUGCUGCAGAAUAAGGCGGAUGUGAUUAAGGGGUUUGCGAAGCGGUGUAAUGAGCAGUGGGAGGUGGCGCCGCGGAGUGAGAUUGGGCUGUACUUGGGCGAUAUUCAAGACCACAUCGUCACCAUGGUCGGCAACCUCAACCACAUGGAGAAGAUCCUCUCGCGCUCACACUCAAACUACCUCGCCCAGAUCAACAUCAAGAUGAACGAGCGCCAGGAGCAGACCGCGGACGUGCUGGGUCGGCUGACGGUCCUGGGCACGAUCGUGCUGCCGAUGAAUAUCAUCACGGGCCUGUGGGGCAUGAACGUCAUGGUGCCGGGCCAGGAGAUUGAGAAUCUGAACUGGUUCUGGUGCAUCACGGUGGGGCUGCUGGGAUUUGGGUUUCUGUGCUAUUUUAUUGCGAAGAGGGUUUAUAAUAUCAUGUGA